UCUUUACUGUACUUCCGGGAUCAACUAGCUCCUGAACCGAUUUGCUUAUAAUUUCUAUGGUUACCGUACUUACCUACCUACCUCUUAAGGCUCAUGCUCCAUCUAAUGCGAGGCAAUCAGAUUAGGGCGUUCUUUUUUCUUCCUUUCAUUAGUUUUUAGCACUAAGUCUGCCUGCAUCGAUAAGUAGCUUUAACUUUUAGGGUUAGAAGUGUUUCUUCACCAUUGUCUCACAUUUUCUGUCAUUUUUAUGUGGCUCUGGGCUGCAGAGGAUAAACCACAGGUGUCAUGGGGCUGUUUGACAGACUAGCUGGCUGGCUUGGCCUGAAGAAGAAGGAGAUCAAUGUUAUUUGUCUUGGACUGGACAACAGCGGCAAAACUACCAUUAUUAAUAAACUUAAACCAUCACAUGCACAGGCACAAGAUAUUGUUCCAACAAUUGGGUUCAGCAUAGAGAAAUUCAAGACCUCCAGGGAAGGACAGGCAAUUAUCUUUGUUAUUGACAGCAGUGACAAGUUAAGGAUGGUGGUUGCCAAAGAAGAGCUUGACACCCUUCUUAAUCAUCCAGACAUCAAACACAGGAGAAUGCCUGUCCUUUUCUUUGCAAAUAAGAGUGACCUCAGGGAUGCCUUAUCAUCAAUAAAAGUUUCUCAGUUACUGUGUCUGGAAGAGAUAAAAGAUAAACCCUGGCAUAUUUGUGCUAGUGACGCACUUAGAGGAGAAGGUUUAGAAGAAGGAGUUGAAUGGCUGCAAGAUCAAAUCCAAGCAAUGAAAGCUUAGGAAAUGAAUAAUGUGACUGACUUCAAGACUAAAAAAAGAAAAAAGGAGCAAGCCUCUUAACUUUUUUGUUGGUAUUAUACAGGCUGUAUGUUUAAAGAAUUCAGGGAAUAAUUUUAAUCUGUGCAAUAUCUACCAGCACUUUCAGACUGUACUAGAAGAUAAUUUCAGUCUAGCCAGGAAAAGUGUUGCAUCUUGGUUACAAAUAGGUUGUCCACUCUUAGAUAGCUAAGAAUUACUGUUUGGGCGAUUUCAGAUUUCCUUUGAAACACCUAACAUUAGUGAGGUUAAAGUAAUUUAUUUAUAAGGGGAUCAACUUAUUUUCAUAUGUGAGACUAUACUGGCAUGAAAAAGCAAAUAUUGUAACCACAGAAAAACUUACACUGAAAAAGCAAAUAUUGACUAAGCAGGAAUUACUUUUGAAUUGCUUUUUUUUUCUUAUUUUAUAUUUGUAUUUUACAGCAGCCUUGGUCUGUGACUCCAAAUGUUAAUGUACUAUAAAAGAUCCAUUUUAGCGGAAAACAAAUAAAUGCUCUUGUGCCAUAGUUCAGGUGAUGUA